CUUUUCACGAAGAUCUUUGGAGUUGGGGUAAAGAUAGCCAGCCAGUGGUACCAGGAAGGGCUGAGGACCCUCGCUGACUUACAGCUGCACCAAAUAAAACUGAACAAAGAACAACAGGCAGGACUUCUUUAUUAUGAAGACCUCAAUACCCCCGUGGAGCUCUUGGAAGCCAAGGCCAUCAGCCAUUUGGUACUCCAGGUGAUUGAGCAGAUUUUGCCUGGGGCGACAGUCACUCUGACCGGAGGAUUUAGGAGAGGGAAGCCGUGUGGCCAUGAUGUGGACCUGCUCAUCACCCAUCCUUCCGAAGGUGAAGAAAUGGGACUCUUGCCCAAAGUCAUCGGUAUCCUGGAGAGGCAGGGCUUCUUGCUGUAUCACAGUUUCCACCGAAGUAGCUUGCUCUCCCUGGAAGACGACGAGCUGUGGGUUAGCGGCGGUUCGAGCACCAUGGACCACUUUGAACGCUGCCUUUCCAUCUUCCGCCUCGGGGACCCUGCUGGGAGCCCUCCAGGGGGCACUGGGGUUUGGACGCUCGGCACCUCGGUGGGGCCUGGCACCUCCAGUCCCCGGAAAGCUGUGCGGGUGGACUUGGUUGUGACUCCGUACAGCCAGUUUCCAUUUGCUUUGCUUGGCUGGACCGGCUCACGGAAUUUCGAACGAGACCUCCGCCGUUUCUCUAAGAAGGAGAAAAAGAUGACUCUCAACAGCCAUGGCCUCUAUCACCUGGAGCAGAAAACUUUCCUGCCCGCUGCCUCCGAGGAAGAGAUUUUCCAGCAUUUAGGACUGGAGUAUAUCUUGCCUGAAGAGAGAAAUGCUUGAGCCAUUGUUGUGCAAAGUGCAUUUUUUUCACCCUACGGAAUUCACAAAUGAAUGAGUAUCAGCCAGGUUACAUUUCAUAUACCUUUCACUCUUGUGUGUGUGUGUGUGUGUGUGAUCUAAUACAUAAUGUAUUUCUGGGUUGUGUCAAUGGGACUUUAGGAAAUAUAUCGCUUUUUUUCAUGCUCUG